AUGGCGCUCAUAUCUGCAAAGACCAUCAUUACCUCCGUAUCCCUCUUCCACCUUACGCUCGCCUACUUCUUCCUUACAAACCCAAGCUCCAUCAAUGAGCAGGCACUAGUCUUCAUGAUGGGCGAGAGCAUGGGAAUGCCCUUGGCCAGAGGUUUCGAGUCACAAAGCUCUCCUCUCGCUUUGGCCGCAGUGGUUCUCAUCUUCAUUGGCUUCAGCGAUCUGGUUUCCCUUUCCAUGCCCGACGAGAUCUGCUUGGUUUUCCACUGGGGUAUCCAAGCGCCAAUUCGAUCAUUCCUCUCGCUCGGUUUCGUCGCUUACAUCUUCCUCUUCGGCCCUUCGUCUCCUCUCUACGACAAGUCCUCCCGUGGUCCCAUGACGCACCCGAGCGCACAUAACCCAUCGUAUCGUCCAGCUGGCUGGGGCGGAGACAUGCUCAAGAACCGAUUAUUCUUUACAUUUAUCUUUAUCGAGACGAUGACCUGGUUCUGGAUCUGGGUUACUCUGCGUGAGGAGAGAGAUGCGAUCCUGAGCAAGAAGUCUCGAAGACGCAACUCGAAUGCCAUGUAA